UCAAGCAUCCUCAUCAUACAUUUUCCAAAACACAUUCAAGACACGUUUUAUGAGUCUAUAACUCCAAAACAAUGCUAUAACAUAAACCACACAAAUUAAUCCAGACACAACACUCUCACAAUAUGAUCCCUUAUCCAACCGUAGAAGAUGCGUCCGUGGCGUUAGGACGAAACCUUACUUGGUUCGAGACGGUUUGGUUCGAUUACUCAGCCACCAAAUCCAAUUUCCAUGUAUAUUGCCACACCAUUCUGGUUCUCUUCCUUGUCUUUUCACUAGCUCCUUUUCCUCUUGUGAUUGUCGAAUGGACCGGUUGGUUCGAUCAGUUUAAGAUUCAGAAGAAGGUUAAGUAUUCGUUGUCUGAUAUGUUCCAAUGUUAUAAAGAAGUCAUGAAGUUGUUCCUUCUCGUCGUCGGCACAUUGCAAAUCGUUUCUUAUCCUUCCAUCCAGAUGGUUGGGAUUCGAAGUGGUUUGCCAUUACCAUCGUUAAUGGAGAUAGUAGCACAAUUAGUGGUUUACUUCUUGAUAGAAGAUUACACUAACUACUGGAUCCAUAGAUGGAUGCAUUGCAAAUGGGGUUACGAGAAGAUUCAUCGAAUCCAUCAUGAGUACACAUCACCUAUCGGAUACGCAUCGCCGUAUGCGCAUUGGGCCGAGAUUUUGAUUCUUGGGAUUCCGACGUUUCUUGGACCGGCAAUUGCUCCUGGCCAUAUAAUGACGUUUUGGUUAUGGAUAUCUUUACGACAAUUCGAGGCGAUUGAGACCCACAGCGGAUAUGAUUUUCCAUGGAGUGUGACAAAAUUAAUUCCAUUUUACGGUGGACCUGAGUAUCAUGACUACCAUCACUACGUUGGAGGACAAAGCCAGAGCAACUUUGCUUCGGUUUUCACUUACUGCGAUUACAUUUAUGGAACUGAUAAAGGCUAUCGAAUCCAUAAGAAGCUUCUUCAUCAUCAGAUUAAAGAGGAAGCUGAAGAGAAGAGAGUAAGGAAACACGAUUAGCCUGUUAAAAUUUUCAAUUCAUUGAUAAGAUAAGGGUUUGAUUGGAGAAGUGGGAGUAAGUAACAAUAUGGAAAAAACGUUUUUUUUUGUUCAUGUAAAAAAAACUGUCUGGAAAAAUAAUGGUAAGAGGAAUAAAUUGCUACUAAUCCACUAUUAUGCUUCUACUAUAAUGAUCCAUAUUUUAGUUAA